AUGGCAAUCACGCAGUUAAUCGAGCCGCAGCCGCUGCAGACUAGUAGGGUUGCGCUAAACGACGUUAAGAAGAGCCUCCUAGUGGCGCUCGGGAAGCUCAACGAUCGCGACACGCAGCAGAACGCGGUCGGGGAUCUGCAGAAUAUCGUGGAGUGCCUGCCGCCUGAAGGCAUUCCCGUCUUCCUCUCCUGCCUCUACGAGACUGACAGCACCCAUCGCACGUUCGUCCGGAAAGAAUGUCUCAGGCAAUUCGCCAUCCUUGCGAUGACCUUCGGCCCGCUCCUGUCGCCGCACCUUCCCAAGAUCGUCGCAGCCGUCGUCCGUCGCCUGCGCGACCCCGAGUCCACCUUAAUUGAAUCCUGCGCAGAAGCCAUGGCGACACUAGUUCAGCACGUUCCCCCACCUCCCCACGAUACCGUCCCCGGAGCUAUUCCCGUCGGCGGCUUCGGAGCCAUGGGCGUUUACGUUCGGCCGCUCCUCGACACGCUCGGCGAGCAGAGCCGAAACUCGCAGGCAGGUGCGGCGAUCUGUCUCGACCGCGUCUUCCGGGCUGCCCGGGAGAAAAUGGAGCCGAGCGCGGCGCGCGUGCUGAUGCGAGCGAACGGCAUGCUCUCGCGGCAAGGGUUUCAGGCGAAGGCGCAGCUUCUGGGCGCCGUUGCGAGCCUUGCCGAGGUGUGCGGGGAAUCCAUGGGCGCGCAAGUGCCCGUGCUGGUAUCCGCCGCGACCGCCGCCGUGGCGUCCGCGGACUGGGCCACGCGCAAGGCGGCGGUGGACCUGCUGGGGCAGCUCGCCAUCAACCUGCCGGCGGAGUUUCUGGGGGAGAGCCGCGCGGCCGUCAUGAAGGCGCUGGACCAGUGCAAAGGCGAUAAGGUAGGGCGGCGGGAUACAGGGGGAAGCGAGGUAAAAAGGGGCGAGAUCAAGGGAGUGAAGAAUGUGCGCGAUUCCCUGGCGCAGGCGAAGCAGGCGUGGGCGUGUGUGGAGUGGGAGGACCCGCCCGCAGCUGGGCAGCACCAAGUGCUGUCCGUGCCGUCCCUCUCGUCGGAAUCGGCGGCGACUGCAGUGCAAACUCCGUCGCUGUCCUCUGCUGCUGUUGUUGGCAGCGCAUCAGGAAGGCGCGCCAGUUUCUCACCUGGUGCAGCAGAAAACGACAAAAGCAUUGGCAGCCGCUCAUUCAAGCUUCAAGGCCGCUCGUCCUCGCUUGUAACAGGCCCGUUUGAAGACGCUCGAGACGCAGCAGAGACAGAAGAAGCAGCAGCUGCAGCAUCAGCAGCAACAGCAGCAUCAGUAUCAGCAGCUACAGCAGCAGCAGCAGCAGCAGCAUCUGCUGCCAGUGUGACCCCUGCUGUGAAGCGGGGAGGAGUGAGCGGCAUGCUGGCACGCACCUUCAGUGGGCUGGGCCGAGCUCGAGCUAAGGAAGCAACAGCAAGUGCUGCUGCUGUAGGAGUGGCAGGAGCAGGAGGAGGAGCAGGAGGGGAGGGAGGAGAAGAGGGCGGAAGGAAAAUCGGGCUGAGCAAAGGGGGGAUUGGGUCCCACGCAUGGGCUCCGGAAUUAUCUCAGUCGAAACCCGGAGAAGCUUCCAAAGGAGAAGCUACUAACGCGGAUAAUGGAGCUGGAGAGAAGGCUGCUCGGCCUAAGUUUGAGCGGCAGCCGCUUCGAGGAAACCCUCUGUUUUUCAAUAAGGCGGGCGCAGGGGGGAAGGCUGGGGGAGGUGACGACUGGUCCGUGGAAGUGAUGGUUCCUAAAUCGAAGGCCGGGGCAGUGGGGGAGAAGGGUGACAGUAACGGGGGGUCGGGUGAGGGCAGUGGAGGGAAGAAGGGUGAUGGGAGGGAAGAGGGCAGGCAGGGUGCAGCGGCGGGGGCGGGGGCAAAAGACAGUCGUGCGCAAGCGGAUGGUGUGAAGGCGCGGAGGAAUUCGACUUCGGGGAUUGCUGCUAUCAAGGCUGCGGCCGCUGCUGGUGGGAGAGGCAAGGAGGGCGCAGGGGGGGGGAAGGGAGCAGGAGCAGGUAGCGAUUGGAAUGUGGAGAUUCUAGUGCCUAAGACACGUGGCGGAUGGGGCAAGGGCGGUGGCGAGUCAGAGGAGAAGCGGGAGGUGAAUGGAGAAGGAGUGAAGGAGAUGAACGGAAGGGGCGGUUCGGACAAGGCUGACUUGCAGCAGGAGGAGGUGGCGCCGAGUGCGAUCCAACAGCAGCAGCAGCAGCAGCAGCAGCAACAGCAGCAGCAGCAGGAGCAGCUCCACCAUCAGCAGCAGCAAUACCAGCAGCAGCAGCAGCAGCAGCAGCAGCACCAGCAGCAGCAACAUCAGCAGUAUCAGCAGCAGCAGCAGCAGCAGCAGCAGCAGCAGCAGCAGCAGCAGCAGCAGCAGCAGUAUCGUAAUCAGCAGGUGCAGGAGCGAGUGGAGGAGAGGAACGAGGACGAGAAGCAGGAAUUUCUGCACCACAUGCUUCGAGAGGUAGAGGGAGAGAAGGACACCGGAGGGAAUACUGAACCCAGUGGUGCUUAUAACAGGGGGCAGGAGGAGGGAGUGGGGGGUGUUAUCAAUGCUGCGGGAGGGCCUGCAGCGAGGUAUGCUACUGGGUUGGAGAGUGAGGAGGAAAGGGAGGAGGAAGAGCGGGAGGUGAAGAGAGAGUGUGAGGAGGAAAAGUCACCAAAAGUGGAGAAGCGCGGCGAGGAGUCUCAAGGCGCAGAGAAUGACGCUUAUGGUUCUAGCGAGUCUGACAAUGACGAGGAUGGGAAUCAGCGGGAAGGUAGGGCAGGCGUAUGGGAGGAGAGGAAGGGGCGGAAGGCAUCUGGGGGUGGUGAUGCCUUGGGAAGACAGAAGUGGAGCAAGGGCAGGAACAGAUGGAAGGACGGUCAGGGGCAGGGGCAGGGGGUGGGGGAGACAGAGGAGGAGAAGAAUAGGAAGGGGGAGGAGGAGGCGGGUAGAAGGGGCAGGGGCGUGGGGAAUACGGGGAGGGGAGAAGGGGGAGGGGCGCUGCGCAAAUCGUAUGACUGGGGGGGCGCGGGGAAGGCUGGGAGGGGAGGCAAGGGUGGGGGAAGAAAGGAGGGAGUGAGAGAGGCGGAAGAGAGGGGGAAGAGAGUGGAUGGGGUUGGGAGAAGGGAGAGGGGAACGUGGGGAGAAGGAGGCGGUGGUAUGAGGAGGAGUAAUUCUUGGAGCAGUAGUCUCUCUGUUGAUACCACCGGUGGUGGGAAAGCCAGGGUCGUGCAGGGUAAAGGAGGGUGGUGGGAUGGGGAGGAAGAGGAGGGUGAGAGGGUGGAGAGAGGGCGAAUGAGGAGAAAGGAGGGUAGGGUGGAUGGGAGGGGAAGGAGGAGGUAUGGGUCACUGAGCAGUCAUUUGUCUUCAAGCGAGGAAGAGGAGGAGGAUUAUGGGGAGUCUUUUCCUCGAGCUCGUAUGAGGCGUGGGUGGGCUAAUAACGAGGAUGCUAUGGAUUCGAGUCCGAAAGGAGGCCGCAGAGACGGAAGGUCCGGUGUUGGGAAGGGUGUGAAGCAGCAGCAGAGGCAGGGCGACACGUGGCAGAAGCAGGAGGUGACACGUCAGGAGGAGAAGCUCGGGCGGAGGAGGCCGCAGCAGAGUCAGUACCAGGGGCAGCAGCACCAGUCGAGGCAGAGCGGGUUGAAGAAGGCGGAUGGAGAGCAAAUGCAGAUUAGACGCUCCUAUGACUUGAGGCAAAGAGUGGCUGAUAUGGAGCAGCAGCAGGACAGCUACCAGGGCAUGGUGGAGGUGAGUGGUUCACUCAAUGGAGCAUAUCAAGUGGUAGCCUCUCUCCCUUGGACCUCCAAUGCUGCUGCCUCCCCCUCACCCCACGCUGUCCCCACCUCUCCUCACCCCAUCUCCACCUCCGCCCUCCCUACCAUGCCCUCCCCUUACCUCCCUGCUCGCAUUCGCACCACUGCUGGUGGUGACAGUAGCAGGGGGCUCACCCCUGGACGAAGGCUGUCGUUGCAGGGAGGAGGGAUGGGUGGGAUAGGGAGCAACGCAGGGGGGAUAGGCUGUGGGUCUGGUGCUGGUGGCUUCGUGCAGACACAGCCAUUCAUGGAUGAGCUCAAGGCCGGGGGGUUCGAGGGUGCUUAUAAAGAGGUGCUGAAGGCUGCAGAUGCGGGUGCUAUGGUGCGGCUGAUGGGCCGAACCGGGCCUGUGCUGGGGCAUCUGUCGCCUGAUACCGGGGCGGAGGUUAUUCGGCGCAUGGUGGAGCUGCUUAUAAGGGGGACGUCGGUGGAAUACCUGCUGCCGUGGGUUCGGCAGCUGCUGGACAUAAUGACGGACGAGUCAUCUCUCCCGUACGGAGCAGAGGGUCCGGAAGUGGACGGGCAUCUGAAACAGCACGUGCUGGCAGCGUUGCAGCAGGUGGUGGGCGCCGACGGGGGCAGCUGGGUGGGACGAUCAGCAGGCGAUUACCGGCGACAGCUGGCUGAUGCAUGGGGCAUGUGA